AUGUACUAUGCACAGCAGUAUGCUGCCUUGGCGCAGCAGUACGCAGCAUACGCUCAGUACUGCGCACAAUUCGCGCCGCAGGCACAGCCAGUAGCAGCCGGAGGUGCCGAAGCAGGCCAAGGAGCCCCGACUGCAACACCGGCCAACAAAACGGCGGUUACGCCCGCGCCGCAGCAGCAGCAGCAACCACAGCAACAGCAGGCACAGCAGAAGAACACACCAAUCAUGGUGACUCCGUACAGGCACAACUGGUUAAUCAGUGGUAGCCACCGUGGCAACCAAGAGGGCGCAUGGUACGAUGCCAUCAAGGGGGACAUCGUGAAGACGUUCGGCGUCGUGUCCCGUUUUGUCGGCGGCUGCCGCGCAUGCGCGCCUGUGCCCUGGCAAGAGUGA